UGGAACCCCUUCUCAGGGAGACGGAUGGCCGCUCAACGCACGGGUCACCUCCAGCAGGAAGAGAAGGAAAUCCUCCAGAAGGAUCCUAACUACCCAAGGACUAGAGACUGGCUGUACGACCACAUCUACUACAGCUUCUACGAUGGAACACAUGUUUACGACAACCAGGCCUCUGUGAAUGGCCAGGUGUCUCGUAGACCCCAUCGUGACGAGAUACUCAUGUUCUCUUUGGUACUUCAUAAAGCACUAAUUUACCUCAACUCGAAGUCCCCUGACAGGUACCACCCUCAGCACUGUACCUCCGUCAGAUACCGGACAGUGCCGACGGUGGGUCUGGAGUUCGACGUGAUCUGUCGAACUCCCGAAGGAGCUGCGGAGAGAGUCACCCUCCUACACGAGUUCUCGCCGCUCCGCCUCGCCUUCCGUCACACCUUCACCAACGUCACCGUCAAUCUUAUCAUGCCUCUGCGAGGUCGCCUCCAAGCUCUCCAGAUCUUCCUGGAGAACGUGAAGGACGUGCUAACGGACAACGCCGUCGAGCUGGGCCUCACUCUUGUUUACUUCGAUGACCCGGAGAGCCAGCGUGUCCGGGAGGUCCUCCAGGAGGCGGAGAACCAGCUUCCAAACCUGCAGACAGAGUUCAUCCUUCUGGAGAAGAAGUUAGGCUUCUCCCGAGGACACGGGCUCCAGGAGGGCGUGGAGAAAUCCAAAUUGAAAGGAGAGGUUGUUUUCUUCUGCGACGUCGACGUCCUCUUCACCAGAGAGUUCCUGACAAGGUGUCAGACUACCCCAAUUCGCGGGCUGCAGGUGUUCUCCCCCGUCGUGUUCUCCCAGUACAACCCCCACCUGCACCCACCUCGGCUACAGCGGCGGAUCAAGGAUGACCCUCAGCUGCAAAGGCAGGUCAAGGACGACCUUGGCUACUGGCGUCUAUGGGGUCACGGUAUGGCAUGCCUAUUCAAGUCGGACUUUUACGAACUGGCAACCUUUUCAAAAACUUCUGGCUGGGGAGGCGAAGACUUAAACUUUCUGAAGAAUGUUGUAAACCAUGGUGGUUACAAAGUGAUCAGGUCUCUUGAUCCAGGACUCUUCCAUCUCUAUCAUGCCAAGAGCUGCGACAAAGCCAAAAACCGCUUCACCUGUUCAAUGGUACGCGCCGCCAGCGAGGCCUCCAAAACAUCCCUGGGUCUCUGGUAUUUCAAGCAUACGGACAAGGACGCCUCCGUUUUCGACGUCAUGACCGCGGCAAUCCCUCCACUUCGUCACGAUGAAGGGGGCCUGGACGCCUACUACGAAGCCGAAGCCAGAGGUGGACAGGAGGAGGAGGAGGAGCAGGUCGAGUCAUGCAGGUCAUUCGGAAUCCUACCGGCCAUGGCUUUGUUUAUCUUCGUUGUCUGUGAUAUGAUUCUCAUUGUUUGUAGAUAUAGGAAAGAGAGAAAUGUGUACAAAAUUGACUUAAAAAAUGCAGUACAUUAAUUACAUAAUUCCUGCAUAGCAUGUAGACAUUAUCAAGUUCAAGUAAGUUUAUUGAGGUAAUGAAAUACAUCUCAGAAAUUAACUCAUCUGAUAGAGUAGAUGUAGCUUAGGCUAUAGAGUAGCUUAGGCUAUUUCUGCCCUGGUAGUCAUUGUUAUUAUAAGCCUCAGAAACUUGAUUGGUAACAACUUCUAUAAAUCAUUACGAUACUGACUGAACUAAACAGGUCUGUAUUAGUCUAAAUCACACUGUUUAGGUAUGAAGUGAGUGACAUUUAGCUAACACUGUGAAAGAUGAUAUAUUGUCAAGUGAGACAUAAUAUUAGAGCGAUAAGACAUAUGUUGGCACAGUUUAUGUCACAAAAUGAGGAUGAUGAGACAAUUAGAAUUAAUAUAAACUCAUCAUAACAUGACCUCAUAUAUAGAUAUUUGCACAUCCUCAACGCUCUGGCAAUUCUUCACUUAUAUGUCAAGUCUUCAUUUACAUUUAUUUAUUUUUGUGUUAAAAGAAUGAAAUAAAAAUAUUAUUAUGA